UUUCACCAAACCCGUUUCGACGCACCCGUUUGCCAUCCCUAAACCUAGUACAUAUAUAUUAGUAUAUCUAUACAUACAUAUACUCUCUCUGCCCUGAGAAUAUACAUGCACCGUUGUUGAUUCGAUUUCCCCUUCCUCAAACUCCAAGGACAUGAUGAAGAAAAAGAGGAGCAAGAAAACAGCUAGAUUGAAGCAAAGCAAGCUUGAUGCUCGUAGGAAACAAUGGGUUUCUCAAGUAAAGAAUCAUGGACCUAAAGGGGUUGAUGAUGAAGCUGUUGGGGUUUUAGAGAUGACAGGAGAAAACAGAGAAACUGAGGGUUUGGUGCACAAUUGCAGUGAUUUUAAUUUGUCCUCCAACUGUCAGGUUGAACUUGGUGCAGGAAGCAACUGCUCCGGAACUAAUUUCAGUGGAAGCAGCAGGAGUACCAGUUGUACGUCGUAUUCGGGAUAUUUGAGUGAUGGAGAGGAGGAUGGUGGUUUUGAUGAUUGGGAGGCUCUUGCUGAUGCCUUAGCAGCUAGUGCUGACAAGCAAGAAGAAGAUGAUCACCAAUUAAAAUCACCUGUGGAUUGUACAAAUGUCACCCAAUUGGACCCUGUACCUGAACUGGUUAACCAAUCUGGUACCAGUGUGGUUCCUAAACCAAAUCCAGGAAACAGACGGGCAUGGAGACCUGAUGAUGCUUUUCGCCCUCGCUGCCUGCCUAAUCUUGUACAGCAGGAAAGUUUCCCUACGAAACCAAAUAGGAUAUGUGGCCAUGAGGCUCUGGUAUGGGUCUGUGAGGAUGUAAUUUCGGUGCCAACUCCAUGUCCCAUAUGUUGUGAGGAUAUGGAUAUGACUGAUUCAAGUUUCCUCCCUUGUUCAUGCGGGUUUCAGCUCUGCCUUUUCUGCCACAAGAGGAUUGUUGAGGAUGAUGGCCCCUGUCCAGGGUGCAGGAAGCCUUAUGAAAGUGAUGCUGUCAAGGGGGAGGAAGUUCAGAUUGAGGUGGAAGUUGUGUAACACUUCAGCCAGCUCAUUCUUGUAGCACGAUCUGAAGGUCAGAGAAAAGUGUUCUCUGCUUAUAAAUGGCGGGGUUUCCUUCUGUGCCUCUUUUUAAAGACAGACUCCGAAUUGUUUAUAGAGUUGUAUUAUGUAGCACUAGUUGUCUAAGCUUUAAAUAGUGCAUGUGCUGAUGUAGAUAAAAUAACAGUAGCUAAAUAUAUAAUGCAGUAUAGUUCUGAAAUAUAUUCAGGUUUUCUCAGUUA